GAAGGAGCCGAGGCCUGCCUCCAUUCACAGAAUCGAGGCCUCGCUCGCCUGCUGCCCCAUUCACAGCCGGGCCCAGUCCGAAUUGGCAAUCUCUGCACCUUCAGCAUCCUUUUCUCCAGCCUGAAUCCUUCCUCUCUCCAUCCGCAGCAGCACUGGGGAGGGAGAGCACAUCUCUCCUUUUGUUUUUUUUUUUCUUUUCUUUUUUCUGUUGUCUCUGGAGAGAAGAAACGUGCCGUCUCUCUCUCUCUCUCUCUCUCUCUCUCUCUCUCCCCCCUUUCUUUUCCUUUUUUUUGAUUUGCAGGCAGGCAGGAAGGCAAGACGUUGGGAGGGACUGCAGUGCGAAUGCUGCAGCGGCGAGAGAAGAAGAGGAAGCUUAUGAAUGACUGACGGUCUCCUGAUGCACACUCCUGUGGACAUUUUUACAUGAAUGGCUUUUUUUUCUCUCUCUCCCGGACUAACGCCGUGGGUUUCACUCUGCUAGCUGCCUCUUAAUGAGACUGAGAGAGAUGGGACUGUCUGAUUUGUCAUGCAGUUCAUUCAGACGCUGGAUUCCGUUUUAGUCUGAUCACUUCUUUGCAUUGUGCUUUUGAUAUGAUGAUUAAUUAUUCAGCAAGAUAAUAUAAUAUAAAAGACUGGCCCCUCUUUUUGCUUUCAGCAGUAGAAUAGUGUGUUUUAGCGUGUUUUUUCCCCUGCUGUCGUUCAGUAUGUAGGGAUAAAUGGACAUGACGAACUGUCGAACAAAGAAAUGUAUUUAAGCUUUGGAGAAUUAUUCAGAUCCUGGUUGGUCACCAUGGAGAACGCAGUGAUAUAAGCGGCGUUUAGAAUGAGGCAGACCAGUGUGGCAGAGGCUGCUUAUGCAUUUCUUUUAAGAGUAUCGGUCUGUCUUUUAUCUGCAACCGAAACCUCAGAGUCUAGCUUUUCCUACGCCGUCGGAUUCCAUUAUUUUUUAUCAAUGAGAGAUUGCAGUUUGCUUCCGACGGACCGUCUUCGCGAGGCGGCACAGAGUCACUGAGCUUUGUCUUUCUAUCAGGUGUCUGGAAAAUUAGUCGUCAUCAUGGAGAGCAGUUCAACUUUGAUUCUCUCCCGUGGACAUUUCAGCACUAGCACCCUUACAAAAUCAUUUAAUGUCAUAAUUUGAGGCACGCAGUCUUUUUUUGUGGUCAUGGUCUGUUGGCCAUUAGUUGUUAUGUUGUGUUAUUUUCAUUCAUGUAUUUAUUUGCGUUCCUCCUCUAUUUAGUCUCAUAAUUUUUGAUUGGGUCCGUUGUUUUGAAGGACCCGGUUUACAUGGGUUUUGACUCAAAUUAUGAAGAAAGUCGACAAGCAAGGACACACACUAUACCUGCCGUUCACUGCUGGAUGGUGAAUUUUGAUAGCCUUUUUUGCUCUGAAUGUCUCUUUUUCCUUCUACCUUUUGGAGUGAAUUGAGCACUGAAGCAUUCCUGCGGAUGACAAAAUAUCGUUGGAAGGAAAUUUGAGAAUCGAUUGGUUCUACUGUGCUGUAAGUGGGAGGCUUUUUUAUUUUUUUCUGCUACAGGAAGUGAUCUGCGGUGUUGAGUGAGUCUUUUGUUGAGAAGGUUCCUCUCUCUCUCUCUCUCUCUCUCUCUCUCUCUCUCUCCCUCUCUCUGCGAGUGAGUCAUGCGUGUGCACAGAUCCGCCAGGCUGCGGGGAGAGAGGGAGACAUCUCCUUCAUAAAGCUCUUCUUUUCUCCUCUAUCGCUGGACCUCCAUCGCCGAAGAGGAGCAUCUCUCCAUUUCCAGCUUCCCAUGCUCCUGGUUUUUUUAUUUAUUUCCCCCAUUCUUCCGUCUUUUGUCCUCCAUGGAUUGUGUGCACUGUGGUGUUGUAUUUUUGGCCCCUGAGGUGGCGUGGUGUGUAGGAUUUUCAUAGCGUUUGUUCGCUUUAGCAGUAGCAGGAACAGCAGUGGCAGUCGGUGACCAUAGUCACCAAACCACUCCAACCACCGGUGCCAUAGCUGUAGAGCAGCAAGUGGAGGUGGGCAAUUACUUCGGUCCAGACCUGUACAUCGGCCGUGAGGAACGCUUUUUUUUUCGGCCCCAGCAUGCUGGAAGAGUGGACAGUGGUCAGCUUGACGUCGGUUCUGCCCGUGCGUACGUAAGUAGGCAGGCAGGCAGAGGGGCAUGCUUCACCGCACCAAAUACAACCGCUUCAGGAAUGAGUCGGUGACGUCCGUCGACGAGCUGCUCCACGGCCUCUCCAUGAACGCCACCAAGGUGUCGGCCGCUCCGCCGCCACCGCCUGCUGGCCACCAGCCACCCCCCUACGCGCCACCGGCCGAGGUACUGCCCCCUGAGUCGCCGGCACCAGCGGCCGAGGACUCGGGCACCACCCUGUGCACCCUCAUCAACAAGGUCUCUGGCCUGAAGUUCGCCAACUCUGGCGGAGGCCUGUUGGGCAUCAAGGGCCUCCCGUCUGCUGUCAAGGACCUGGCCGUUUCCAAGCUCCAGGGGGGCGGGGGAGGAGGGGGAGGGGGGAGUUCAAGCAGCCCAGGAUCGUCCGGCCUCGUCUCAGCGGCCGCUGGGGGCAGCUCGUGUGCUGCCGGUGCUUCUGGACAGCAGGAGCCAGGCUCCAUGACCACCGCCGGGAAGAAAGGCAGGAUGGAGGAGGCUCAGCCUGGAGUCGGGGAGGAUUGGAACCUGGGUGGUGUGGGAGGCAUGGGUGCUGCCAGCGGUGGAGGAUGCGCGGGUCUGGUGAAUAAACCCUCUCGAGGAUGGCUGCACUCCAGCGAAAAGAUAUCCGGACCCGGAGUGACGUAUAUCGUGAAGUAUUUGGGCUGCAUAGAAGUCCUUCGAUCCAUGAGAUCCCUCGAUUUCACCACAAGAUCCCAAAUAACAAGGGAGGCCAUCAGUCUCGUUUGUGAGGCAGUCCCAGGUGCCAAAGGAGCGCUGCGGAAGAGAAAGCCCCCCUCCAAAGCUCUUUCUAGUAUCCUGGGGAAGAGUAACUUGCAGUUUGCUGGCAUGAGCAUCAACCUCAAUAUCUCAAUCAGCAGCUUAAACCUGAUGACUCCUGACUCCAAACAGAUAAUAGCCAAUCACCAUAUGCAGUCGAUAUCCUUUGCUUCCGGUGGAGAUCCGGACACGACUGAUUACGUUGCUUAUGUAGCAAAAGAUCCGGUGAACAGAAGAGCAUGCCACAUUCUGGAGUGUUCGGAUGGUUUGGCCCAGGAUGUGAUCAGUACGAUAGGGCAGGCGUUUGACCUGCGCUUCCAGCAGUACCUCCAGUGUCCCUCCAGCAAGCUCUCUGCUAUACAUGACAGGGUACUGAGUGUGGAGGAACCUUCAUGGACUGAGGAAGGGGAAGAGCCCCCUGAUCAUCCAUAUUACAACAACAUCCCUGGAAAGAUGCCCCCACCUGGUGGCUUUAUUGAUGCCCGGCUAACCUGUCAGACAGCAGACAGCAGCCAGGGGGUCGGAGUAGACCAGACAUACUAUCAGGGCAGGCCUAUACUCAUUCAACAAGGGUCAUGUGACAUAUACAGUCUGCCUGAGAUCAAAGGUCAGACCUCUAAACCAGGAGAGGUUCCCACGUAUGUGAACACACAGCACAUCGACACGCAGGUUCUGGCGGCACUGCAGGGGGAAGCAGACGCAGCUUCUGAGCCAUGCACGGCUGCUGCGGCCAAAGACAGCCCCAGGAAAGACCUCUUCGACAUGAAGCCUUUUGAAGAUGCAAUCCUGACGCAGUCUCCAUCAGCAGCACCCACAGCGUCGAGCCUGCAUAAGGCAGCUUCAGUGGAUAACUCCAGCCCCUUGCUGGUGCGGUCAGCGGCUUUACGGGCCCUGGAGGAGUUGGAGGGCCAGGCCUGGUACCACGGCGAGAUGAGCCGGCGCCAGGCCGAGAAGUUAUUGCUUAAUGAUGGGGACUUCCUGGUGCGGAAAAGCACCACCAACCCGGGCUCAUAUGUGCUGACGGGGAUGCACAACGGACUAGCCAAACACCUGCUGUUGGUGGAUCCAGAGGGCACGGUACGAACUAAAGAUCACAUAUUCGAGAGCAUCAGCCAUCUGAUUGGCCAUCACCGUGACAACAACCUGCCCAUCGUCUCGGCGGGAAGUGAACUGUGCUUGAAGCAGCCUGUCGAAAGAAAACAGUGACGGCCUCCCAAAAACCUGCACGAGGGGAACAGGGUCACCCCCCCCCCCCACCCAGAAAACGCCCCGAAACCUGAUACUUGAAGUUGAAUAACGAGAGUACGAUGGAUGACGAUUGUUGACAGUUGCGGGAGGUAUGAUGAUGUGGACGUGGUCCAUUGAACAGUAGCGAGGUUUCUUGUCUGAUCGCUUCGGACUCUGCGAGAAAGAUCCGUGGAUGUAAAGAUGACACCUGAUUUAUAGAACUGUUAUAAUUAUUUUGCUGUGAUGACUGAAAUUCUAUAUUUUUUGAGAAGACAUAGGUGCAUUUGGACAUAUAUGUUGAUUUGGUGUUUUAAACUAAAAAGGCAAGCGUAGUUUAGACGACAAGGAAAAUCAACCUCCAGGAGGGAAAAGAUUUAACAAAAGAAAAAAAAAAAAGUAUUUUAGAAUAACCUAAAAAAGUUUUAGUUUUGUCUAUCAAGCACAACCGGAUUUACACGUUCGUUGGUAAAGAGUUAGACGAGAAACAAAUAUUUGAGAAAAAAAAAAAAGUUGUUUAUAUCGAACUAUUUUAGGAAUUGUUCUUUAACCGCAGCUAGUGCGACGGGUCAUUUGAUAGGCGUCUAUCAAAUCACUGAU